AUGCGGGUGCCUGGUAAACCAAACAAUGACAUGUACACCACAAUCCCCAGGAACUGCUCCAAUUCUUUUAUGGCGUGGAACAUCAACCUCUUCUACUUCAUCUUCAUCCUCAGACUCUUUGUCAUUGUCAAGAGACAGUUCUACAAGCCACCAGCAAGUGACCAAUCUCAGCUCUACAAGCCAGCUAUUCAGCCACCAGCAAGUGACCAAUCUCAGCUCUACAAGCCAGCUAUUCAGCUACCAGCAAGUGACCAAUCUCAGUUCUACAAGCCAGCUAUUCAGCCACCAGCAAGUGACCAAUCUCAGUUCUACAAGCCACCUAUUCAGCUACCAGCAAUUGACCAAUCUCAGUUCUACAAGCCACCUGUUCAGCCACCAGCAAGUGACCAAUCUCAGUUCUACAAGCCACCUAUUCAGCUACCAGCAAUUGACCAAUCUCAGUUCUACAAGCCACCUGUUCAGCCACCAGCAAGUGACCAAUCUCAGUUCUACAAGCCAGCUAGUCAGCCACCAGCAAGUGACCAAUCCCAGUUCUACAAGCCACCUAGUCAGCCACCAGCAAGUGACCAAUUUCUUUUCUACCAACCAGCUAGUCAGCCACCAGCAAGUGACCAAUCCCUGUUUUACAAGCCAGCUAUUCAGCCACCAGCAAGUGACCAAUCCCAGUUCUACAAGCCACCUAGUCAGCCACCAGCAAGUGACCAAUUUCAUUUCUACCAACCAGCUACUAAAUAG